CUGUCGGUGACGGAAGACGUAAGUCGUGCAGCUGCGCGGCAUCGAAGUCGUUCCUCCCUAAAGAAAUCGGCAGCUGUUUCGGAUGAUGACCCAUCGUUAGAACAUAAGCGAGCAUCAUCGUUUGACGUAUCUCAAAUACAAACUAGUUCUAUUAAAUUUAAUACAGCUAACUUUCGUCCUGGAUCUGCUUUUGACGGAGCAACAAAUCGCAUCUCUGCGUUUUCACCUGUUGAUGUACCACGUCUUCUGAUACAUUCGCCAGCUUCUCCACUCAAUCAAUCUACUGAACGUAAUAAUACGCCAGAUAAUAAUCUUCUGACAGUUCCGAGUCCGGAUUUUCCGCGCAAAUCACCUGUGGAUCGAGCAUUUGGAUGUGAGCUUUCAUCUUCUUCUUUGGAUUCAUAUUUUGCUGAAUCACCGAAAUCUGGUCAUGAUUACCUGUCGCUUGGAUUGAAUAGUGCUCUAAUCAAUCAUUUAGCAAUGGCUGCUAGUAUUGGAAUAAACAUGGAUACUCCUGAACAGAAUAAGAAUCUCAUCAACUUUAAUCAAAAUCAAACAAAUAAAAUGGAAUGUUCAAAUUCAUUGGAUUCUUUACCAACAACAUCCAUUGACUUACCUGCUCCACCCGCUACUCAAGAUAUGCCACCCAAAGCUAUCAUACAAGACGAUAUUCGGAGUGGACAGGGUCGUUUCCGGCUUGUUCGCAAACGCGGAAGGUCAGAAGUGUGGAAUCUAUUUGGACAGGUACUAGAUACAGUGAAUAAUGUUCGUUUACCUUUCGUGGCCUGCUACGCAUGUAAAGUUCUGUAUACCGAUACCGGAGGUGGUACGGGUAACAUGACUCGGCAUCGUUGCCCCAUCGGCGUCAGUUACCGUUCUAGUGCACACGGAUCUUCAACUGAAACUAACGAACCUCUCCAGCAGUCCUCUUUCGAGUCAAACAUAUCUGUAAGUAAUAGACAAAUGGAUCACAAACCAACUCUAUCGUUGACCAUAAACUCAGAAGACAGCUCAGGUGGAACGCAACUAGUAUCACAGAACUCUGGAGAAGUUUCAAUUGGUGAUAUGGAUCGAGAAGCAUUAACAGACGCUAUUGUUCGGUGCUGUGCUCAAGAUCUCUUGGAUCCUGCAAUAUUCAAUGGACGAGGUUUCAAAGCUCUUUUUGAAAGAAUAUGGUAUAUGGCAAAACGACCUGGAAUUUUACCCAGUGAAGUAUACCCGGAUUCAGAAAUGAUUAGUAGUAGCUUACAGUCAACCCUCAGGUUCUGUACUGACGAUCUCAAAAAUGAGUUGUCCCGAACAUCCCAAGGAGUCUGCUUAGCCCUCGAGUCUCUAUCGUACGCUGGACGGGUUUUCAAAGUCGUUCAUGGAUCUCGAAUAAGUCAUGACUGGAAGUGGCGUAGUAACGUUUUGGGAGUUUUCAAAGCUCGAGAAAAUCAAUCACUUGGAGAAAUUAUAAACCUAGUUAUUCAUAACUAUGAACUUGAUCGCAGUUUGUUACGUGUGACAUGCUCGAGGAAUUGCGAGGAAUUCGCACCAUUGAGAACGUUUUUAGAUAUUAAAGAAAAAUUAAGAGAAAUUUUAUUAGCAAUUUUGACCACUAGUUCGGUACCAAUCUUACCAAUGGUCACUACUUUGGAUACAAUACUGAAAAAACUGCUAGAGGCUGAGAUCCGAUUACCCUUUGAACAUAAGCCUUGUGAAGACGAUAUUUUCAAUUUGCAUAGAAUGUUAACGGAUUGGAAUGACCAUUUGAGCACGUUAGAAGAAAUUAUUCGGUCCAAAGCUCCAAGUUUACUGCCAGCAUUCAGCCAGAUUGAUGGUCAACAUUUACGAGAUAUUGAAAUUUUCUUGGAUCCAUUCAAAGAAACCAUAGAGUCACUAACCGACGAGAAACCAAACUUUCACAAAGUUCUACCUGAAUGGUACGCACUCAUGCAUGAAAGCCAAGCAACAGAAGAAGAUUUCACACCUUUUCUUAAAGAGCUCAAACAGAAAGCCUUUGAGCUUCUCGGUCGUGAGAAAGACAAUGUUAUAACUGUGGAACACAGAAUUGCUGCCAUACUGAACCCCAGGUUGAAUCGACGACAGAACAGCCUUUGCACAGAAAUGGAAAGACAACAUACGUGUGACCGGAUACGUGCACUUUGCGGGAUAAGAUCACCAAAAGAGCCGUUAAGUCGCGGCUCUUCAACAGAUGGAGAACCGUUCCGCAAAAGAAGAAUGUUCCUCAAUGCUCUAGAAGACGAUCCUGUGUCUGAAGAUGAACUUGAGUGCUAUCUUCGUUCACAGUUUCCAACGCAUCAAACAAAAGACCUCGUGUUCUUUUGGAGCAAUGCUGGCAGAAACCAAUUUCCUUCGUUGUCUUCUCUUGCACGUCGAAUACUGUCGGUGCCAGCGACAGCUCCUCGUACGGAAUACGAUCCACGUUUGGCUAGCGUGUCUCCAGAUCAGCUGCAUACUUUCCUAAUGUUGAAAUCUUUAUUCGAGACAGAUAGAGAAGAUCGUCCGCAGUUGUAUUAA